UCGUCGAAGGCGGCUGGACAACGACUGUUCUCUGAAACUUCUUGAAGUCUUUCCAAACUGUGGAUUUCUUUCUCUCUAUCCCUUAAAGAACGCAAACUAACCCGUUUGGAUUAUCGCUCUUGUAAGGAAUAACUUGUUUUCUCAUUAAACGUGGCGGACUACAGCUCGUGUCCACAUGCCCUGCCGUGUGAGUGCUGCUUGGCCUGCUGAGCCCAUAGGUGCUGAUGUGACUGUACUGGGCUGCAGCUGAAGCAGGGCUACAGUGACUGAGUGGUCGUGCCUGUGGCGGAGGAGGAGGGUCGUCAGAGGGCCCAGAGCCCUGGAAGCAGGCGGAGGGGCCUGUCCUGUCCCAGCCACUCGAAGAUGAACAAACUGAACUUCCACAAUAACAAAACCAUGCAGGACCGCCGCUGUGUUUGUGUUUUUCUGCCCAAUGAUGACACACUCAAUGUCAUAGUCAAUGUGAAAACUUUGUGCCAGGAACUGUUGGUCCAGGUGUGUGACCUCCUGAGGCUGAAGGACUGUCACCUGUUUGGACUCAGCGUUAUUCAGAAUAAUGAACACAUCUAUAUGGAGCUGGAUCAGAAACUGUCCAAAUACUGCCCCAAAGAAUGGAAGAGAGAAGCCAGCAAGGGCAUCGACCAGUUCGGCCCUCCAAUGAUCAUUCACUUCAGAGCUCAGUAUUAUGUUGAGAAUGGGAGACUGAUCAGUGACCGGGCAGCCAGGUACUACUACUACUGGCACCUGAGGAAACAGGUGCUGCUCUCUCAGUGUAUCCAAAGGGAAGAGGCCUACUUUCUCCUGGCAGCCUUUGCUCUGCAGGCCGACCUCGGCAACUUCAAACGCAACAAGCACUUUGGGAAGUACUUUGAACCCGAAGCCUACUUCCCCCCAUGGGUGAUAGCCAAACGUGGCCGUGAGUACAUCCUGAGGCACAUCCCGAACAUGCACAAAGACCAGUUUGCUCUCACUGCGUCAGAGGCGCACCUCAAAUACAUUAAGGAGUGUGCUCAGCUCGAUGACGUUACUGUCCACUACUACAGACUCUACAAGGACAAGAAGGAGGUAGAGGCGUCUCUUACAUUGGGACUGACUUUACGUGGAAUUCAAAUAUUCCAGAACGUCGGCUCGGUGAGGCAGCUGUUGUACGACUUCCCCUGGACCAACGUGGGGAAACUGGUAUUUGUGGGGAAGAAGUUUGAAAUCCUUCCUGACGGUCUCCCCUCGGCCCGUAAACUCAUCUACUACACAGGCUGUCCAAUGCGCUCUCGCCACCUCCUGCAGCUGCUGAGCAACAGCCACCGGCUCUACAUGAACCUGCAGCCUGUCCUCAAACAGGUCCGUCGACUGGAGGAAAACGAAGAGAAGAAGCAGUACAGGGAGUCGUACAUCAGCGAUGCUCUCGAACUGGACAUGGAGCAGCUGGACAAGCGUUCCCGGGCCAGCGGCAGCAGCGCAGGUAGCAUGUCUCACCACAAACGCCUGUCUCGCCACUCCACAACCAGCCACGGCAGCUCGCACACCUCCGGCAUUGAGACGGACAGCUUCAGGGCCCCAGGUCAGGCCCCACACAGGCCCCUACGAACCUGCAGCUCAUCCACAACCAGCCACGGGAGCUCGCACACCUCCGGCAUCGAGAGCAGCGGCAAGGAGCGCAUACUAGAUGAUGACGAGAUUGAGAUGCUGGUGGACGACCCCAAAGAUUAUGAAGAGCUGCAUGAGAUGGCUCUGGACCAGGAGCUGUGUAUCCACAUCACUGAGGACAUGUUGACGAUGUCCCCUGAUCAGACCAAUGGAUACUCUGGACUCAUAGUGAAAGAUGUCAGCUCCUCCACUUCCAGCUCCUCCGAGACCGUCGUCAAGAUGAGAGGACAGAGCAUCGAGUCUCUGCCACAGACAUCUGCAUGCAGGAAGCCUGAGUCUUCGACCGACCGGCACAGCCAGUCUCUUGACGACAUCCGGCUCUACCAGAAGGACUGCCUGCAGUGGGCGGAGCUCUGCCAGGACACCGCCCACAGCUACACGUUCGGCUGCGCUCAGGAGCUGAGUGAUGGCGGCGGCUACCAGGGCCUUGCCGAUCAGCGCGCCGGCAUGCUCGGCGAGCAGCACCCCUUCCCCAUCAAGAGAACCAACAAGUACUUCUCCCUGGACCUGACCAGCGACGAGGUCCCAGAGUUUGUGGUGUGACGGAGACGGAAACAAGGCGUUUCACCUCAGGGUGACCGUUUCACUCCUCCGUGUCAGAUGUGGAGAUGUUUCAGCCCUCAGGGAACGAGACAAGAGAGGAGUGUUUCUAUUCUUAGCAGAGAACGGAAGGGACAAGUAAACUGGCAACAAGUUGGCCGUGUCUUCAGUUACCACUUGAGACGUAUAACACGUAAUAAAUGAACAAAUAUGGAGGAUUCUGGCUGAAAUGCUAAUUUUAAGAAUGAACACUGGGCUCAAGAGAACCUGUGUCUUUAAAAUAUAAUCCAAGCUGCUCCCCCUGUGUGAAAGGAAACAAAAGGGAUCAUUUAGUCUACAUUUUUAUUCAAAUCUGUCUCCUCCAAACUGGUUUUAACAUCCUCACGUCGUGUUUGCCUGCUCUAUAAAGUCAUAAAGGACUGUGUGUGUGUGUGUGUGUGUGUGCGCAGGUAGGCCUACAACAGACACAGACUCAUACACAGACAUAUGACGAGCAUAUCAAAGAUUUUCUGUGGAGGACACAAAGGACAAAAUCACUUUGAGCUAUGAACCAAAGACAAGAAAUGACAUGUUUCUACGUCCACAUUAUUCUUCAGCCGUGACAAAAAUAUUUCAGAGUCAUGGUGGGAGGGAAAAUGGACCCAUAAUCCUUUGAGCCAGAGCAGCCAUGGCUCCUUUUUUUUUUUCACUUCUUCUGUGCCACUUCAUUUUACCUCAACAGGAAGUGCAGUGUGCCAACCCCCUCCCCCUCAGACUGGACUGUUAAUCAUGUGAAGACACACCCGACGUGCCUUCAUCACACUAUGCAGGUGUAACCCUCGCCUUGACAAUCACACACUCUCACCUUAGUCAUUUUUAAAGGUUUAAAAGCCAUCAGAAUUUUAUUUCACAACAUUGUGCGCACGCUUCAUUAACAGAUAAAGCUAAUGCUUCAACAUCUUAAACAGCAAAAGAUCCUGUUUUCAGACUGUUUCAUGUCCUGUGAAAUCCAACUGUGUUUCCUGGGAGGAAUGAGGUCACGUUAGUUCCUACAUGUCCUGACUCGCGUUGAGUUUGUGGCCACAAAAGCUCCCCUGUAAUCUAGACUCAAAAUGGAGCCCGGGCAGGCUGUCAGCCAAAACAAACCAUACAUUUUGAUGCAAACGUAUAUGUCUUCCUUUGAUUCUUGUUGUUUCUCAUCUGACUUGUUUCAUUUUAAACUGGAAUUUGUUACAUUUUUUUUUAUUUCCCAUCCUUUUUACCUGAAAUCGCUUUACAUGUUGUAUUUUUGUAUGAGUUGUCCAGACUUCUAUUAUGUUGAACAGUUAUUUUGCGCAUAGUUGAUGUCAUUCAGUAUUACCAUCAAAUGUAAGUGACAGUAUUAGGGACGUGUGAAGUGGCUCUGUGGCUCUGAACGAGAAAGACUGGUUUCAUUAUUUUUAUCUCGCAGUAAGAUUCAGGAGAACUGUAGCCUGUGGGAGUUGACAGGAUCUGUUACAAGCUCUUAUUACUCAUAAAUGGCAUCUCAAAUUUUAACUACACUACAACUGGUGUGAAUGAGGACAGCAGGUUGUUGCAGGUUAAAACAACAAUGUUUUUACAUGUAAACCACGCUGCUCAGACUCAAAGUGCCACAGUUACAGCUUUAAUAUUUUCUGUUUUUGUCUGAUUUAAAUCAGUGUCAUUGCUUUUUUUAAGAUACAGCCAUAAUGUCUUUUAUUUCUCUGUGGUGAAAACACUAAGAUUUAUUUAAAACACUGUUUAACUCAUAUUUGAAUUUGGUGGGAAAACACUGCACUGUAACCUUUAUCAUGACAACAGAAUUACAUUUAGAUUUGAGAAUGAACUCUUAAGAUUAUUUAAGUUUCUUAUAAACUGUCCAAGUGGCUGAAAUGAUCCUUUCAGUUGUUGAAAAACAAGGUAUAUUAAAGGAAAUGUGUGACAUUUUGGGAAAUGAGAAGAUUGAUACCACUCUCGUAUCUCUACACUAAAUAUGAAAC